UCAGCACCCUAAUUACAUAUUUUGCCGUCACAUGCAAACCGUGACGACCAAAGAACGUUCUGGAUCAUUUUUCACAAAAAUAUGGGUUGUUCUUCGUCUUUAAGUCAAAAGCAUGCCCAUGUCUCGCUUCCCUUGUCCGAGCCACAAAAGUAUCUUGUCCGAGAAACUUGGGAAACGAUCGAACAACACAAGAAUAUGGUCGGGAAGAAAACGUUUCUAAGAUUUUUUGAGAUGAAUCCCGACUAUCAAAAGCUGUUUCCAGAGUUUAAAGACGUAGACCCAGUUGAACUAGAGAACACGAGUGCUUUAUAUGGACACGCUAAGCGAGUCAUGAAAGCCGUGGAGAAUGCCGUGUCUUCACUAGAUGAUGCGUUUAGCUUCGCUGCGUACCUGGAGGAACUGGGAAGGAGGCAUAUAGCUCGCGCAUUGAAACCGUCUUACCUUGAUGCAAUGCAGGAAGCACUGAUGUACAACUUGAAAGAUUUACUACGCAGCCAAUGGACAAAGGAAACAGAAGAGGCCUGGAACAGACUUUUUCGUUUCAUUUCUUCAACAAUGGUUAAAGGACUUCAGUCGCCAUGAGAAAAAUUCCGCCCGUGAAGUAAACGGGGUAAAACGUGGUUUUAAAUUUUGUAUAAAGCCAUUUCGGCGAAAAAUAAAAAGCGCUGAUAUUAUAUGGACAGUAUAAAUGAACUUGAAUCUGGCAUAUGUUAAAAUUCGCCAGCGAAGCUUUUGUAUUUUACCUUUUUGAGUAUUUAUCGCGAAAUUGGAAGGUGUUAGAGUUGAAAUCUUCAGAAUAAACUCGAAAAAUUUCUUCGUCCUACAUCCUCGAUAAAUCAGUCGACAACCCCAUCAAUUUUUUGGCUAUUUUUUUCUCUAAUGCAGUCGGUCGUUUAAAACGGCAGUAACUUGAAAAAACAAAGAUGGAUAAAAUAAACAUGCCAAGUAAUUUCAGUCAUUAAAACUUAAAAAAACAUAACUCAUUGACUUCUAUGUAAAUUAUAAUGUCUUCUGGCCCUAGGAGUUCACAUAAAUGAAAAUACUGAUUAAUUUUUUUCUAUCAAGUCACGGACAGGAAAUUAUUGAAAAUACAAAUCUUGAAGCAAAGUUUACAUAGUCAGAAUUACAAAGAUGAACAUACCUCUCAAACUCUGAACAACAUCUUGUAAAAUUGGUUUGUUUCCUUCGAUCGUUAGUUUAUUGAAAAUGACAGAAAGGUCUCAUUC